CUGUUCCCUCCUUCAGCUGGAGGAGGGCUGAGCCGAGCCUGAGGGUCUGAGGCUAAGGGUCCUGCAGCGCAGGGUUGGGGGAGCGGUGGCUGGGUCUGACCCAGGGUUAGAGGACAGCUGGGGCCUGGCUGGGCGAGGCGGGGGGGCGCUGGUGCGGAACCUCGCAGCGCUCCCCUCCCCCACUUUCUUAAAGGGCCGGGGCGCGGGGCUGUACGGGAAGGGGCUGGCCGCACCCUCCCUGGCCGGGUCAGGGCACACAGUGGGGACCUGGGAGCGGAGGCGUGGCUGUAGGGCUAGCCGGAGUGGCCGCUGUCGCCGCCUCCGGCUCUGCUCCCGCUACCCGCCCAGCUGCAGUUCCCCCGCCCUUCCCCGCCCUUCCCGCUCCUCCCUCCCUCCUUCUCUCCUUCCUUCCCUCCCUCCUGCCGUCCGUCCCCUCAUCUCUGCUCAGCUUCUCCAACAGCCUCGGCUCUGACACCUGAAGGGACUGAAGCAGGCGCGGGGAGUCCCGACAGGCAGAGGCGGAGCGGGACGGUCAGUCCAGCAGAGGCCUCCGCAUGGCACCGCCGUGAGAGGCUGGACCCAGCGACUGGGACCAGGAGCGGGGAGUUCCAGGAGCAGUCAGCACGGGGAGGAAGUAGUGGCAGCCAUGGAUGAGGAUAAGCUUCCGUCUGUACUACCUGUGGAAAGUGGUGCUGCCUGGGACCCCAGCUUGGAGCCCGAGGAAGAACCUGGGGUCCAGAAUGGAAUGGCAUACAGUCAGGACCUGAACAGUAGCUACAACAGCCCAGCGCAUGAGAUAAGGGGCACUCUGGUGGACACUGAGGAGCCCACACAGGGCCCGGACAUGGUUCUCCAUAGUCUCAGUCUUGGCCUUUCCUUCACCAAUGGCCUAGUUCUGGGGCCAGACUCAAAUAUUUUGGAAGAUUCUACAGAGUCCAGACCCUGGAGGGCUGGUGGGCUGGCAGAGGGGGACAAUGUUUCCAAGAAUCUCUGUCUGGACACUGAGGACACUCAGCUGGGGCCGGGUGGCCCGGGAGAGCCGGAUGUGCGGGACGGCUUCAGUGCCACGUUUGAGAAGAUCGUGGAGUCAGAUCUGCUUCGGGGAACCCAGUACAGCAGCCUCGACUCCCUGGAUGUGUUGAGCCUCACGGAUGAGAGUGACAGUUGUGUCAGCUUUGAGGCCCCCCUAACACCCCUCAUCCAGCAGCGGGCCCGUGAUAGCCCAGAGCCAGGGGCCAGCUUGGGCACUGGGGACAUGGGGCCUGAGGGGGACGUGGGAGCAGCUGGUGGUGAUGGGGAGCUGGGCAGCCCCCUGCGAUGCUCCAUCUCCAGCAGCCGAUCAGAGAACGUCCUGAGCCGCCUGUCUCGCACAGCUGUGCCCAAUGGCUUCCAUGAAGAUGGACCCCGGGGUCCAGGUGGGGAUGAGGAGGAGGAGGAGGAGGAGGAGGAGGAGGCCACAGACAAGUUGCUGAACUCAGCCAGCAACCCUAGCCUAAAGGAUGGCUUUUCAGACUCGGACUCAGAACUGAGCAGCUCGGAGGGGCUGGAGCCGGGCAGUACAGACCCACUGGCCAACGGGUGCCAGGGUGUCAGUGAGGCAGCUCGCCGGCUGGCCCGCCGCCUCUACCACCUCGAGGGCUUUCAGCGCUGUGACGUUGCCCGGCAGCUAGGCAAGAACAAUGAGUUCAGCAGGCUGGUGGCCGGGGAGUAUCUCAGCUUCUUUGACUUCUCGGGUCUGACCCUGGACCGAGCGCUCAGAACCUUCCUGAAGGCCUUCCCGCUGAUGGGGGAGACGCAGGAGCGUGAGCGGGUCCUGACGCACUUCUCCCGCCGGUACCGCCAGUGCAACCCGGAGGACAGCACCUCGGAAGAUGGGAUCCAUACACUCACCUGUGCUCUGAUGCUGCUCAACACGGACCUGCAUGGACAUAACAUUGGCAAAAAGAUGUCCUGCCAGCAAUUCAUUGCCAACUUGGACCAGCUCAAUGAUGGCCAAGACUUUGCCAAAGACCUGCUGAAGACCCUUUACAACUCUAUCAAGAAUGAAAAGCUGGAAUGGGCCAUUGAUGAGGACGAGCUGAGGAAAUCACUGUCUGAGCUGGUGGAUGACAAGUUUGGGACAGGCACCAAGAAAGUGACACGAAUCUUGGAUGGUGGCAACCCCUUCCUGGAUGUCCCGCAGGCUCUCAACGCUACCACCUACAAGCAUGGUGUGCUGACUCGGAAGACUCACGCCGACAUGGAUGGCAAGAGGACACCCCGUGGGAGGCGUGGCUGGAAGAAAUUCUACGCGGUGCUCAAAGGGACCAUCCUGUAUCUACAGAAGGAUGAGUACAGGCCUGACAAAGCUCUGUCCGAGGGCGACCUGAAGAAUGCCAUUCGUGUGCACCAUGCUCUGGCUACCAGGGCCUCCGACUACAGCAAGAAGUCCAAUGUGCUCAAGCUGAAGACAGCUGACUGGAGGGUCUUCCUCUUCCAGGCACCGAGCAAGGAAGAAAUGCUGUCCUGGAUCCUUAGGAUCAACCUGGUAGCUGCCAUCUUCUCAGCCCCCUCCUUCCCUGCUGCUGUCAGCUCCAUGAAGAAGUUCUGUCGGCCCCUGCUGCCCUCCUGCACCACUCGCCUCUGCCAGGAGGAGCAACUGCGUUCUCAUGAGAAUAAGUUGAGGCAGGUGACUACGGAGCUGGCUGAGCACAGGUGUCACCCCAUCGAGAAGGGUGUCAAGUCCAAGGAGGCUGAGGAGAACCGGCUGAAGGAGCACUAUCUCACUUUUGAGAAAAGCCGUUAUGAGACCUAUAUCCACCUCCUGGCUGUGAAAAUCAAAGUGGGUUCAGAUGACCUGGAGCGGAUUGAGGCCCGACUGGCCACUCUGGAAGGGGACGACCCUUCUCUGCGCAAGACACACUCAAGCCCCGCCCUCAGUCAGGGCCAUGGGACUAUGACUGGCAGCAGAGCUACAAAGGAUACCACGGGGCCUGACACUUAGCUGGUGUGGAUGGGCAGGCCCCAGAGGCAGGCAAAUGUCCCUAGAGGGGUCAGUGAGCACAAUUCCAGCCAGGGGCCACUCGCGCCAGCUCCAGGCAGUUGACAGGCAGCCAGAGGGGUGUAGAGAGCCCUGUGGCCCAGGGAGAUGGAGAUGUUCUUUGUGGCACUGAUCUUCUUGCUUCCUGGAGUUGAUCUGGGCCUCAGACCUUCUCUCCAGCCCUCGCAUUCCUCUCUACCACCAAGCCUCAUUGUCUAGGCCAGUUGUGUGCAUGCUCUAGCCAUGAUCUCACUGGAGGAGAAGGAAGGGCAGCUGGUUUUGCAGGCCCUCCUCCCCUUCUCACAAGUUCCUUCCCUCAUCUCUCUUGUUCCCAAGGGCAGGUCUGGACUCCAGCUGUCAGCUUGGGUCCCCACCUGUUCUCAUCCACCUUCCUUAGACUUGAACAGCAGCAGGUCUGUGGACCACCAGCACCAUCCUGCCUGUGCUCCCCCUACCCCCACCCCGUAGCUUCUGGAACCACGCCCUGUUCUCCUGUCUCCCUUUGCAAUAAUCCAGUACCUGGGCCUGCUCUCCUGAUGUCAAGCUGUCUACUCAUGUGUGUGUCUACCUCCCCUUCCAUUCAUGGAGGCCACUCCUACUUUCUUUUAUAUGGACAAAAAUGUAUAUAUAUAAGAAUUAUAUAUAUAUGGAACCCCUUUAAAGAUGAUUUUGGAAUUGAUAUCAAGAUGAAAUAAGAUGAAGGAAAAGCCUAUUUCAGAACUCUACCUGUUAGUGAGGAAGGCUGUUACCUGGCCCCUUGGUGGCCCAGACACUCUGGGAGAGAAGGUGCUGACCUCCUCUCACUCCCUUUUCCCCUCUUCCGGCUGACCUGUGACUUACACUGCUCUUACAGUUGAUGUUUGGAAUAAAUAGACAGCGUGUGUGUGUGUGUAUGCUACCCCAUCUGUCCCAUGGGCAUUCUGGGGUGUUAGUGGGAUGGGACCAUGGCCUUGUUUAUAUUUUGGUCUUUAUGUUGGUGCUGCCAGGUCUCUGAGCUCCAGAGGUGGCCUCUUGUACAGAUCUACUGCUCCCGGAAUAAAAGACACUCUGCCUUGCAAACAGCCACUUGUCAAUAAGCCCAAAGAUGUUUGGUGGACGAAGGUUAUGGAAGCCAUUAAUUCCUGGUCUUGGGAAAAGGUGGAGUAAGAAGUUGCUGAUUGGUUUUUAAGCUGAUAUUUCUUUCACUCUUCCAGUGAUUCAGAAAUGCUAGCUAAGGACAUGCCUGAGAAGGAUGGAAAAAUCUGCCACGCGAUGAUCAGACUAGUAUCUUGUAAACCCUGAAUUCCUCAGAUGGACCAGCGGUGGAGGUGAUGGGCCUUCAGUGAGCUAUGAUGAGCAGGUCCUUUAUACUUUUAAAAUAGAUUAGUUUGGGCAGCAGUUUGACCUCAGUGGUAACAUAUUUAGUUAGUGGCAAGGUUGGGUUAUCUUAUUAAGUACCUAACACGUACAAGCACGCUCACAUUUGAUGCAAGGUAUGUAUGAGUCUGUGGAAAUAUAUAUUGAUUUAAAUCCAGAUUAUUUAAUUUGGAUUAGCUGAUGUGUAUUUUAUACCCAAACCAUCUGGGCCCUUCAUUUUGCUGAGGGGAAGUAAGUGUUCAUUUAAAUGAACUUGAAAGAGCAAUGUAACAUAACAGAGCUCUCUGUACUUUCUCCAUGCUGGCUCAAAGGUCUUUGAUUUUUGGGGUCAGCUUCCCAUCCUCUACCUCAUGCGGGUGGGUGAAUGAAAGCAGAGGAGCAAGUUUCUGUCUGCUGCAGACAGGCUUCCCUGAACACUAGUGAUGUCUCCCAUCAGUAAAAAAAAUCUUUAGUUCAUUUUCUUAAUUGUAUAAUUAUUUAUUGUAAAUUAUAUACAUGUACUACUGUACUAAAAUAUUAUGUACAUUAUAAAACAUACACAAAAAUAGAAAUUUAAAAAGAUGAGAUGAAAAUAAACCUAAAUGAAAGUUCUAAUAUAUUAUUUUUCCUGCAUUCUAAUGGACCAUCAUAUUUCCCCCAACUUCUGCCUGUAAUAUGCCCAUUUUCCAGGACUGUCCAAAUCCAGGGGCUGGAGGACCGUGGGUGAGAUGCAAUAAGUGGAUUGCGUCACCUGGUGGUCCUGGGAAGUGGCUCUGGGCUCAGGGACUUCUGGGGGCUGACCCUUGACCACAGUGUUUCUUCAACCUUCAUUUUCUUAUUCAGUGAAGGUCACCAGUGCUGCACACUGUGCUAGGUGCUGAGGAUAGUGUGGUGAGAAAAGGACCAAGCAGCUCUCUGUCCACAUGGGGCUCACAGUCUAGUGGAGAGGGGACAGGCAGUCACCAUUACCAUUUAGAACCCUGGGAGCACUGGGGAGAAAGCCAAAACUGACCUGGCAGAGAGAGAAGAAAGAACUGGAGUG